CACUUGAAUCCAAGCACAGAUUCUCUUUCUCGUACCGUAUAGUCGAGGGAACCUGCGACUCACCUGCCUCGCGAACCUCAUCAUCCCGUUCAAUCGCUCUGACCGACAUUUAUAUCUAGGCAUCCAUGAUAUAGAUUUAUUGUUGUUUGACACAACUGCAAUCGCGUUCGGCCGCCUGAAUUCAGUACAGCUUUAGCUUCUGUUGAUCGGAACAAGCGAGGGCUUGUUGAUAUUUUGUGUGGAUAUUUCUUGUGGUGGAAAGGACUUUGACGAGCUGAAUUUUACUCGAAUUAGUGUCGUUCUUGGUAUUUUUUUACAAUGGUGAAGGACUUGUCAAGUACGUCGGCGGGAAGCAUCCUGGGUAUAUCCGACAUAACGGAGAACAAGUUAAUAUGGAAAAUGUUGGUGGCAGAAUGUUUGGGAACAUUGAUCUUGGUUCUGGUAGGGUCUGGAUCGUGUAUAGCCCUCAACCAACCCGCUGAAUACGUCCCUUACGUACAAAUAGCUCUGGCUUUCGGAUUGACGGUAGCAACACUAGCUCAGGCUAUUGGUCAUAUCAGCGGUUGCCACAUUAACCCAGCAGUUACGCUAAGCCUUUUCGUCACAGGAGACAUAAAACUCUUGAGGGCCAUCUUCUUCAUCGUCGUGCAAUGCAUUGGAGCAGCUGGAGGAUCAGCGUUGUUAAAAGUGGCCACGCCAGAAGAUAAAGUCGGCAACUUGGGUCUGACCAACAUAAGUUCGCAGAUCACGCAACUCCAGGGACUCCUGAUGGAAGGCGUGCUGACCUUCCUGCUCCUAUUCGUCAUCCACGGCGUCUGCGACCCCCGCAGGAACGACAUCAAGGGAUCCGCCCCACUUGCCAUCGGGCUGGCGAUCACCGCUGCCCAUUUAUGUGGGAUCCAAUAUACUGGAUCUAGUAUAAAUCCGGCACGCAGUUUUGGGCCAGCCGUUAUCAUGAACAUCUGGGAAAAUCACUGGAUAUACUGGGUAGGCCCAAUUAUCGGUGGGGUGGUUGCCGGUCUAGUGUACAGGUUCCUGUUCAAAGUGGAAAAAGGAGAAAACGAUUCUUACGAUUUCUAAAAACUGACAACUUCCGAAACGAUUCAUUCUAACCCUCUUUGCUUCGUCAUCCCUUGUUCCGUCAUCACUAACGCUCACAGGAAGCAUCCGAGACUAACACUGUACAAGUUUUUUUACAUAUUGUAAAAAGGUAUAUAUAUUCUGUCUUAGUUUCUCAACUAAAGAUGUAUUUGUAGUUAUUUUAUCCACGACCGAGUGUUAUAAGGGCAACUUUAAUCGCCCGUGGUCUAUAACAAGUGACUACUACUAUAAUGACUCGAUGCUCGAUUUAAAA